UGCUGGAGCGCAGUCCGCCGAUCGCAGGAGGUCGUCGAUUAAGGGGAUGGCCCAGGGAUCUCCCCUCGUAGCAGUGAUUCCUGUUCCGUUUAUUGUUGCAUAUGCAUGCAGAUUGAUCUUGGCAAGUCAUUCUUUGCGAUUGAGUUCGUUGAAUCGUUAUAUCCCCGACAUCUGAGGGGGAUUUUACCGCGGGAUCGAGAGAAGUGGCGCGAAGCCGGAGAGGGGUCUUUAUGUCGACGUUUUGAGGCUCGCGCAUGUAAAUGGACAUUCCGGCGGAAUCCCCCCCGUCGGCGAAGAAAAGGCGCACGCUGACGGAGGAGAGCAAACAGCGGCCGCUGGAGUGCGAACAGAAAUUCCAGCGGCCGCUGGAAUGUAUACGGGAAUUCAAGCUGCCGCAGCAGUUCCCCAGCACGAUAGAACAGGCUCGGAAGAGCGGUAUAGGUGUCAAGCCUCUCUCGUCGAAUGUGAUUGUGUCAGCAUCCGGUCCCAAGUCGGAUGUUCGAGUUCCCUAUAAUCUGCAGAAGCUGAGAAUCCUGUCUCCAAAAGGAAGAGAUCUGGGUGAGUUCAACGUAAAGCUGAAACCCGCCGAGCCGCAAGGGAGCAGCAUGAUUACCAUCGCCAAGCUCAAGCCUGUUAAAAAGUUACUGACGCUAGCUCCGAUCCCACAUCCGAUGUUUCCACAGAAGAUACUUCCGCAGAGCAUCGGAAACAUUCCGAAGAAAAAUUGGACACAGCUGUCUUGCGGCAGGAGCAUUAUUUCUUGCGUUGAUAAUGGAAGUGGGUUGCAUCAGCAGCAAUCUAAGACCCAACCGAUGAACAUAAUACUCUUGAAUGAUCAAGGUAUGGAAGAUAAUGUGAAAAAACAGAUGCUUAAUAGUAAUAUUAAUAUUAGUACUAAAUUAAUGCCAAUUAAUGCCAAGGCACCUUCUACGAAUGGGAUAAGUUCUAAACGUUCUGUGUGUCAACCUGUUGAUAGCAGUAAUUGUAAGUAUGUAGUAAUACACCGUGGAACAAGCGAUACAGACGUUCGUAAUUGUACAAGAAUUCAAGAAACUGCUACUGAGAAUACCAAUGUUUUUUCAGCUAUAAAAACACAUUCGCAUAAAGAACUUGUCAAAUCACCGUGUCUCGCAAAGAGUAAGAAACUUGCAAGAAUUUCUAGCGAUAAGAAUGACGCACCGCUGUCUGACAAAAGUUUUAAAACAAAUAAGAAAAAACGUGUAUAUACUGCUAUAAACACGGAAAAUGGUUGGAAAAUGAUUAGGCCUUCGAGGAGUGCGAGACUUGGACAGAAAUACAAUCAGAUUGAUAAGAAUUUAAAUCACGACGGCUUACGUGACAACAGUAGAGAAAAUUUCAACAGCAAUGAAGUCUCGCACAAGUCGCAACAAAAAAGUAAUUCACUUCAAGCUAAGUCUGAUGUAGUUUCUAAGAGUCAAGUGCCCGAGGUAAACACACAAAAUGUUAUGACAGUUAUACCUAAUAAUAAAACUCUUUCCUCUAAUCAGAAUGAAGUUUUGGCGCAGGCAAGUACAAAAGAUGUCACGAACGUCCCAGAUCUCGAUACAGUUGGACGCGAGACACAGUGUGACGAUACGCAAAGCGAAGGUUUGAAGGCAGAAUCUCGAAAUGAUCAUCUGGUUGUCGACGAUCACGCGAGGGAUACUCCAGAACCGCAACAAAUUACAGACGCUGUACAAUCAAAUGUACAGGAUGAGAAUUCGUCUCGGGAAGACCUGUCGGAUCGAUUGAGUAUAAUAAAAAAAGCGAUGGAUAGCGUGAAGGACAAUGAGCUGCGCGAGUUGGCGUUGAAGGCCCUGGCCGACUGCGGCAUCGGAAUCGAGAGAUACGUCCCGAUACGCCCGCCGGAAGAUCACAAAGCCGUGCACGACACGCAAGUGCAGACCACGGUGUUUGGCCUGCUCGAUCCUAAUUCCUUUAUAUUGAUAAACAAAGAUUUGGAAGACGUUCACAGGCUAGAUCAGGUUACUCUUCAAGAUAUGCCCGACAAUGAAAAUCGAUUAGCGGACGAUCCGCACUCUAAUAAUAAUUUCGUAUCCAACCCUGAUGUAAGCGAGCAAGAGAGACCAUUCGACGUAGAUAGUUUUAUGGAAGAAUUUUGGAAGGAGGAUACAGAUGCCCUUAAAAUGAAGGAGACUUUAUCGAUGACGAGAGUAAGAUGUAAUAGUCUUCUGGAGAAUCUGCAAAGAGACUUUGAACGUGUUAAAGAAUACGAUCAAAAUGGCAUGUUGAAUAUACAUAACGCCGUCGUCAGCGAUAACGUCUAUCUCGUUCGGAGACAAUUAAUAGUACUUCAGCACUGUAAACAAAGCGUCGAUACAUCAACUGAGGAUGGAGUGACGAGUUUGGAAUUGGCGAUCAAGUAUGACGCGUGCAGCGAGAUAGUGAAGCUCUUACUCGAUGCCGGAGCACAACCGGUGAUAUCAAGAUCCAUACACGAAUCGGCAGUGAUUAUAGCCAGCAAACAAUCGUCACCGAUGUUGCCGAUGCUCGUUAGCCGGGUCUCGAAUUCGGAUUUACUCAAUCAAAUUGAUUCGGACGGUCUCGCGGCGAUACAUUAUUGCAGUAUACACGGUAAUUUGGAAGGAGUCAGGGCGCUUAUAUCAGCCGGUGCGACUGUAGAUCUGAAGGAUAUGAAAUCGGGACGGACAGCAUUGUUUCACGCAAUAGACAAUAGUCAUACGUCGGUGACGCAAGUAUUGUUAAAUUCCGGUGCUGUCGCGAACAUUGCGAAUUACGCGGGGCAAACUGCUCUGUCCAUACUUAGCGAUCCGAAAAGUUUAGCUUUUAAAAUGUCAUUGAAAAAAGACGUGACGUGAUCGUUUUCUACUUUUACUAUUGUUAUGAAAUAACGUGCCCUCGACGAAACGUAACACCCUAUCAGUGUAAAACUAUUUUACGUAAUAUGACACGAAAAUUAUUUAUUUGUUGGAAAUAGUUUUAGUUUUAAUACUUAUUUAAACUAGUCAAAAUAACAUAACGUAAUACAUCUACUACUCUAAGAUGACUUCAAUCAAAUUCCGAUUAACUGUACCGGUAAUUCAACCGAUAAAUUGUUUAAGACAAAAUUAUUAAUAUUAAUAAAACGGUAUAGAUAAUAUUUUACAGAUUAGUCAUCGAUUAAGUAAUGGAAGGUUAUUGAAAAUCGCCGUUGAAUAUUUUCCAGUGUUAAUACAUUGUUUACAUAGUAAACGAUUCUUUUCUUUUGUAAAAAAAAUUUGUAAAAAGAAGACAAGGAAUAUAUUUAAUUUUAACAAUGCUGC